AUGCUCGCCCAACUAUGGAACAAGCCAAUGCUUGGCGUAAACCACUGCGUGGCGCACAUCGAAAUGGGUCGCCUAGUCACCGGAGCCAAAUCCCCGAUAGUGCUGUAUGUCAGCGGAGGGAAUACUCAGGUGAUCGCCUUUUCUGGCGGCAAGUACCGUAUCUUCGGAGAGACCCUGGAUAUCGCCUUGGGAAAUUGUCUUGACAGGUUUGCUCGUGUCAUCAACCUUUCAAACGACCCAAGUCCCGGCUACAACAUCGAGAAGGCAGCACGCGAGGGAGUCAAGUUCUACGAGCUGCCCUACGCCGUCAAGGGUAUGGACGUCUCCUUUGCGGGCAUCCUCUCCUACCUGAAAGAACGCGCCCCAAAAUUACUGAGCGCAGGCGAGUAUACUCAGGCUGAUCUGUGCUUCAGUCUUCAGGAGACCGUCUUCGCUAUGGUUGUAGAGAUAACCGAACGCGCGAUGGCGCAUUGCGAUACUAAGGUUUGUUGUAUAUAUGUAUGCAUACGUUCCAUCUCCCACCCUCCCUCCCUCCAUCUUUGUUUCUUUUUUAUUUGUAACUUCUCAGCGAUAAGCUUCACGUUUAUUAUUCGCGCAAAUUUCUGCAUCUGUGAUCCAAGAUUGCUGCUUUAUGUUGCUCAGCCCUUAGCCCUCGGGUAUGAUCACAGCCGUAACAAGUACGGUAAUUGCUCUUGUGUAAUUUUUCGUGGUUGUGUGAGUGGGGAAUUUUUGUCUGUAUCGGCGCUUACUAAAUCAUCUCCUCUAGUCUUACAAAUAACUGUUUACGAAAUUUAUGUCUACUAG